AUGUCGUCUCGUGUUCCGCUCCUCACGAACGACCAAGAACACGAUAUCGAGAAUGUGCCUCAAAAUGAAUAUUCUUCAUCGUGCCAUAAUGAGCACGGAGACAACGACACAUACACACCCAAGACUCAAUAUUUCUCGACAGCAUUUCGAUUACUGAUGCACGCCCUGGCCUUCUGGGGCAUCGUAUCGUUGGGCCUUCGAGUUUCCAAGGCUCUGCAGCCAAGCACCUCGGUCGAAUACUCACCACACAUGUCUAAUUCGCACAAAGCUAUUAGUAGGAUUGAUGGGUAUCAUCCUGAAACUCUUCCACCACUUCUUAACCUGUGCGACUGUGGUGACUCCAUUCGGGAGGCUAUCUCACGGAAUUGUACAUACGACACACUUGCCACAGCCUGGCUUCCGCCAUAUUGUCGAGACGAAGAACUCACAGCUGAGUUUGAUAAAGCUGGGCCUGGGCCUGAUGGUGCUUGGGCAUAUUUUGCCGAUCAAGAAGGCAAAGUCCCACUGAAUAGGAGCGAAGUUGCAGCCUUAGGUGAUAAAGGCGGUUCGUUUUGGGCAUCGCGGGAUUGGCAUAUUGUUCAUUGCCUCUUCUACUGGCAAAAAUACCAUCGUAUGCGAUAUACCAAGAUCAUCAUGGAGGAACGGUUUGACAGUCUGCAUCAUGUCCAGCAUUGUGUGCGCCUAAUACGCAAUCCAACGCCAGAUCACUUUUUCCUCAUCGAGGUUCCGGUGACCAUGAAUUCGAGCAAAGAUGCCUGA